CCCAGGUAAGCCCCUUGCAAAGCCAGUUUUCUCACCUGUGAUAAGUGGCGUAGGGCCUAGCUGCUGGUUCAUGUCUAAAACUAGGCCUGCCUUCCUCACACACGCCCUUCAGCCAAAGUCUGGAGGGCGCCCCCUCACUGCCCCGCGCCCCUUGAAUUGCUCCUGUGCUGGAGAAAGUUGGGCAUAGGGGCUUCACCCACCCCCCAAGCUCAGGUCCCUACCGCCAAGGCCGCCAGCCCAAGCGCGGACGCUGGCUCUUUAAGACCGUUUUGACCCCGCGGCGUCCAGGAGGGGCGGGGACAGCAGUGCCGGCGCCGCGAGGGAGCGAGCGAGCGAGGAGCGGAGGCACGGGGCAGGAGGCAGCGCUCGGUGUCCUGCCCGCCAUGCUGACGGCGCUCGCCCCGCCAGCCCUUCCCGGGCUCUCAGGGCGGCUGGCUGGCCCGGCGCGGCGUCAGGACUCGUCCGGCUCGUCCGGCUCCUACCACACAGCCCCGGGCUCUCCGGAGCCCCCGGACGCCGGGCCGGACGCGGGAGGCCGGGGGACCUGGCUGUGGGUGGCCCCCGGGCGGGGGGCGGGCGCGCAGCCCGUGCUGUCCGUCAGCGCCCAGAAUAGCCGCCGGCAGCAGCGCGGCGGCUCGGGUUUCCCGCGAGGCCCGCCGCCGCCCCGGCCCCAGCUGCGCGUGCUGCCGUCGGGGGAGAUGGAAGUCGUCUUCGGCGCGGAGCUCCUGUGCGGCCGCUCGGCCGCGGAGGAGACGGAGCCGCCCGCCUUCCACGGACCCCCGUCGCCGCCGCGGACCCCCGACGGGGGCUCCCGCUGGGCCACCUACCUGGAGCUGCCGGCCCGCGGCCCGAGCUCGGCCGCCCCCGGCCGCUACGAGUGCGUGGAGGUGGCCCUGGAGGAGCGCCCCGCGCCUACCGGGCCGCGCACCGUGCCCAAGCGGCAGAUCGAGCUGCGCGCGCGCCCCCGGAGCCCCUCGCCCGACGGCCGCGCCCCGCGCCCCCGCCUGCUCCUGCGCACCGGCUCCCUGGACGAGUCCCUGAGUCGCUUGCAGGCCGCCGCGGGCCUCGUCCAGACGGCGCUGGCCAAGAAACUGGCCGCCGGCCACGGCACUUCGGGGUCCACCGGCGCGCGGGAGCGCACGGAGCCUCCGGGACCCGCGCACGGCGCUCGCGCGGCCCCGGACGACGUCAGGUCUCGGCCGCCCCGCGCGCUCGACAGAGCCCCGCGGCCUUGGCCGAGCCUCCGCGAGCGAGCGAUCCGGCGGGACCGGCCGGCGCCCGGGACGGAGCCUCUGGGUCCGGUCAGCUCCAGCAUCUUCCUGCAGUCGGAGGAGAGGAUGCAGCCGGCUCCCAGACAGGAACCCAGGAGCCAGCUCUCCCGAGAGAUUCCCGAUCGGACCGUACCGCGGGCCCGGAGUCCCCCUUUCCCUCCCAGGGGCUCCCGGGCGGUUCCCGGUAAGGCGGUGAGGCCCAGGAGCCCGUCUCCCCCACAGCAGGCCCCGAACGGGGCCGUGCGGGGUCCUCGCUGCCCGUCCCCGCGGAGCCUCCCUCAACCUCACAGGACUGUUUGGAGAGCGAGCAGCCCGUCCUUCCCCGGGGCGUCCUCCGCGUGGGAGAACCGGAGCGCCGCCUUCGAGGACGAGGGCCUCGGGAGGAGCCCUUCCCCUCCGCCUCCUCCCCACCGGACGCGGGGCGUCGCCGGAGUUGAGAACCCGGGUCCCGAAGCCCCGCCGGGGCGGGACUCACACCACCCUGUGCCGCCCCGAGACGCGUGGGGGCCUACCGUGCAGGGCCCGUCGGCGGCGCCGCGUCAGGGAGCUCCGAACGGCCUGCCCGACGAGCCGGAGUCACCUACGCCGCCGGCGCCCGGGACCCGGGAGCUCACGGGGGCGCGGGGCCCGCUCGCCCCGGAAGUCGCUCCGGAGGUGGCUACGCCGGGCCCGCCCCCGAGGCGUCCCGCCGGCGCCCUGGACGGCGGCGCGGGCCCGGAGGCCUCGGGCUCGGGGGAGGCGGCUCCCGGCCGUCCGCGCCCGACCAUCCCGCGGCCGCGAGACCUGCGCAAGAUGGUGAAGACCACCUACGCGCCCAGCUUCGCGGCGGGACCCCCGGGCGCCGGGCUCCCCGCGCCCGACGCCGGCGGGGAGGAGGGCGAGGCCUCCGAAGCGCACGCCCCCCCAGCGCCGGAGCCGCCCUCCCCGGCUCACUACACGUCUGUCUUCCUCAAGGACAUCCUGCCAGUGGUCCCUCACCCCUACGAGGCCCCGGAGCCUCCGCCCCCGGCAACCCCGAAGGAUGCCCCCCAGCCCAGCGGGGCCCCGAGGCGGAGGGCGGAGAACAGCACCGCGAAGCCCUUCGCGCGCAGCGAGAUCCGCUUGCCCGGCGCUCUGGCCUUGGGCCGGCGGCGGGAGAAGACCCCGGCCGUCCCGGGACGCGGUCCUGGGGGAGAAAACCCGGAUGCUGAGGCCCAGCGCCUGGUCCGAGACCCGGAGGGUCGAACCAGCCCCCUAGGAGGCGCUUGCUCCUCAACCCAGCGUUCCUGUUUAGCACCCGGAGGGACCCCGCCGCCCCUCUCAGGCUCCCCGCAGGCCUGUCCAGCCUCGAGCCUGGGGGCAGCACCCGAGUUGGAGACACCGCUUGCGGCCCCUGCAACUGCGGUCCAGGCACCCCUCCCUCCGGAUGCUCAGGCGACGGCGCCCCGGACGGCUGCUCCCCUCCCGAGAGCGGCCUCUGCCCCUCCCACCGACCGGCUCCUCCCUCCAGCAGCCUCCCUGGGGAUGCGGAGGCCUCCGGGAGCCACGCCCGCGGGGAGGGUCCUCGUAGACCCCGAGAGCGGUCGCUACUACGUCGUGGAGGCGCCGAGGCAGCCGAGGCUGCGGCUGCUCUUCGACCCCGAGAGCGGGCAGUACGUAGAGGUGCUGCUGCCACCCACGCCCUCGCCUUCCCGGCCGCCACGCCAGGCCUACGCCCCGCUGGCCCUAGGGCCCGGCCUCUACCCGCCCACCUAUGGGCCUAUCCCGGGCUCCUCACUGUCGCCGCUGCCCCCCAACCUGCCGGCCCUCGGUAGACUCCAGCUACCCUGGGCCCCUGAAGCUGGGCCCCUGGAGGGAAUGUACUACAUGCCCUUGAGUGGGACCCCUAGUCCGGCUCCACCGAUGCUUUUCUGUGCCCCGCCCUCCAGCUCUGGUCCCAUCCAGGCCAGCAAGGGUUCCAUGUUUCCUUUGUGAAGCAUCAGUCUAGACCCCCAUGGAUUUGGGUUCCCUAGAAGGCUUUGGAAGUUCCUGUUCCCAGUCUCUUAACUUUUUCUCCCAUCAACUCUUUGGCCAGUUCCAGCCUGUCGCCAGACCAGAAGGGAAUGUAUCUGCUCCCCGGGCUGAUAGUGCCGGCGAUCAUCAAGCAAAUGGCUGGCUGCCUCCCUCCCGCCCCCCAGCAAAAAUGUGUAUCCCCUUCCUAAAGUUUCCCAGGGUGUGUAUAUGUGUGUGUAGGCAAGCUAGCAUGUCAAAGUGAGAAGGCAGCUAAGAAGUGGGGUUUCCCGGAAGAGCAGGUGUGGAAGCAGCACGGCCCAGGGCCUGCAGUGAGCCGUUUGUAUCUCACUAACACUGGGCGGCCAUCAAGUCGGGAUUAGAGCUUUGUCCUAGGAGGCUGUGGGAGAAAGGGGUGUGGCCCAGGCCAGCUUGGGGCUAAGCAUGGGAGCUCUGAGGAUGGUCGGUGGAGGUGAAGCAUGGGUGUUGUGUAAGGAGAUGUGGAGGAUUAGCCUGGAACUGGAGGUGAGAGAACUGGGUGAGAUGGGCCAGGAUUGCCGCGGUCCCUGCAGAAAACAGGACAAGCAUCUCCUUGGCAGAAGGGCCUGCAGAAGGGUCUAGGGAAUGAGGAAGGGGAGUCAAAUUAUUCUUCUUCGGGCUGUCUGUCGCUAGGGGUGACCAGGGACAAGUGCUGAAUUAAAGCAUGUCAGGUGAUCAGUAAUCGUUUAUCUUAGCUGGCCAUUGCUGGAUGGCAGGGCAGGGGGAACAAGAAUCUAGAAAAACAAGUUACCUUGGUUUUGGAAAUUGUAGUUGUUUAACCAAAAUGGAGGAGCUUUUAAGAUGGCUGUGAUAGCUGCGUGGUGGUGGCACACACCUUCAAUCUCAGCAUUUGAGAGGCAGAGGCAGGGGGAUCUCCAUGAGUUCCAGGCCAGCCUGGUCUGCAGAUCGAGUUCCAGGACAGUCAGGGCUAUUUUACAGAGAAACCUUGUGUCCAAACAAACAGACAAAAUGGUGUGACCACAGCUAACAUUUCACAACAGGGAGCCUAGCUCCUCCUUCAAGCCCCAGUGUGUGUCUAAUGUAGACCCUCGGGGCUGAGCUCGCUCACCUUGUCCACCCAGGCAGCCGGUAGGCUCAAUCACCAGGAUGACAAGAGGAAGGAAAGUUAGGCUGUUAUCACGGGGGGGGGGGGGGGUGCUGCUGGUGGCGGGAGGGCAGGUUAGAGCCAGCAAGAGAAAGGGUGUCCCUAUAUGGAGUAGACCAAGGGGCCCUAACGCUGUAGCUGGUUCCAGCAUCCACACUGGGACCGGCCCUUCCAGCUGCUCACAGCACAGCAAAGACCCCAAGCCUGCGCUCCAGCUGUCCUGAGGGCCUGAGGACAGUUUCUGUGAAGUGGGAGGCGAUCUCUGUAGUUUUGAGCCUAAAAUGGCUGGGCCUUGUUGGAAGGGUGUUUGAAGAAAGGCCAGUUCCCACUAGAAGCAGUGUCAGGAUUGGCUUUGACAGCUUUCUGUUCCGAGCCUAUGCAGCAGCCAAGAUCCCAUGGAGUCUAUCGGCCUCGUCCUAGACUGGAAAUUGGCUAAAAUACCGAGUCAGAACAACCUCAGCAUCUCUACCAGAGACAUUGGUCCCAAUGGCAUCGAGGGGCCAGGGACCGGGGUCAACCCUACAGAGCCUCAUCUCGUCCUGCUGUGCAAUAAAUAUCUGACCAUGGAAAGCCAUGGCCUCUGAAAGAACAACUGCUGUGUGGUCCUAAUUUCCCGAUGCCACCCUUUUAAAACAAAACAAAAACCCACUUUUACCUGGCAUGGUUGUACACACACUUUUAAUCCCAGCACUUGUAAGGCAGAGGCAGGUGGAUCUCUUUGAGCUCAAGGACAGCCUGUGUCAAUAGAGUGAGUUCCAGGACAGCAAAGGCUACACAGAGAAAUCCUGUCUCAAUAAAUAAAUUCAUAAAUAAAUAACACUUAAAAUAUU